CAAUCAGCGGCCGCGGGGCUGGAGCGGUGACUGCUCGGCGGGCGCGGAGCGGAGCGCGAAGCAGAGGCGCCGCCGCUGUCCCGGAGCAAGCCAUGCCGCGCUUGUCUCUGCUCUUGCCGCUGCUGCUUCUGCUGCUGCUGCCGCUGCUGCCGCCGCUGCCCCCGAGCCUCGGGAUCCGGGACGUGGGCGGCCGGCGCCCCGAGUGUGGUCCGUGCCGGCCAGAGGGCUGCCCGGCGCCUGCGCCCUGCCCGGCGCCCGGGAUCUCGGCGCUCGACGAGUGCGGCUGCUGCGCUCGCUGCCUGGGAGCCGAGGGCGCGAGCUGCGGGGGCCGCGCCGGCGGGCGCUGUGGCCCCGGCCUGGUAUGCGCGAGCCGGGCCGCUGGGGCAGCGCCCGAGGGCACCGGGCUCUGCGUGUGCGCGCAGCGCGGCACCGUCUGCGGCUCCGACGGUCGCUCGUACCCCAGCGUCUGCGCGCUGCGCCUGCGCGCUCGGCACACGCCCCGCGCGCACCCCGGUCACCUGCACAAGGCGCGCGACGGCCCUUGCGAGUUCGCUCCUGUGGUCGUCGUUCCUCCCCGAAGUGUUCACAACGUCACCGGGGCGCAGGUGGGCCUGUCCUGUGAAGUGAGGGCUGUGCCUACCCCAGUCAUCACGUGGAGAAAGGUCACGAAGUCCCCUGAGGGCACCCAAGCACUGGAGGAGCUGCCUGGGGACCAUGUCAAUAUAGCCGUCCAAGUGCGAGGGGGCCCUUCUGACCAUGAGGCCACGGCCUGGAUUUUGGGUCUUAGAAACAUUGAUCAUGGGAUGAUGGAAAAGUCAAAUAACGGAUCUUUGUGCUUCAUGAAGAGUUGGAAAACCUGUGUGUGUAGAUGACCCCUUUUGUGUGUUUUUAAAAAUUAGAUGCAAACUAGAUUUGUAUGCAGAUGUAGUUUUUAGCAGGGCAAACAGUGAGAAACGGAUUUGCAUGUGGCUUUUUUAUACUUUUGAAAUGAAUUGUUCCAUGAGAAGUCUUUUUGUAAUUACUCUCUUCCAGGGAGAUCACAGAAUGGCAUGUUUGCAAUUUCUAAAGGGCUCGUGUCAGCUGUGAGUCUUUACCUCAUUUGUCUAUGACCUAUUAGUGGUGCUCUGUGACUUAGUGUGUGUUGUAGAAGGAGGGAUGAGGGUCCCAGCUGUCCUCUGCCUGACUGUAACUUGCUGUGUGACCUGAACAGGUCCCUUCCCCUCUCUGGGCCCUGGUCCCUUCAUCUGUGAGUAUGGCAUUUUAACUGCAUGUUAUCAAUGUCCCUUUUAGCCCUGCCAUCCUAGAGUAAGAUGGCCUUUUGGGAAAAUUACAGGAGGUGUGGUCUUAGUGUUCUUUCUAAAAUGGUAUUCCCUCAGAAACAAAUUCCAUUGCUUUACCCCAGCGUGUGGACAGCUGGCUGUAGCUCUUCUGUUCCUAACUUUUUCCCUUUUAAGGAGAUUUAGUUUUAGGUGGGAUGCUUUACCAGACUCAGGAGCACCUUGGCUGGGUCUUUGGAGACCAGAGCAUCCAUUUGUUAGGCUAGCAUUCUCUUUUUUAAAAUUUUAUUUUGAGACAGGGUCUCGCUCUAUCACCCAGGCUGGAGUGCAGUGGCAUGAUCACGGCUCACUGCAACCUCCACUUUCUGGGCUCAAGUGAUCCUUCCACCUCAGCCUCCUGAGUAGCUGGGACCACAGGCAUGCCCCACCACACCCAGCUAUUUUUUUUUUUUUUUUGAUAGAGACAGGGUCUCCCUAUGUUGCCGCCCAGGCUGGUCUCAAACUCCUGUGCUCAAGUGAUCCUCCUGCCUUGGCCUCCCAAAGUGCUGGGAUUAUAGGCAUCAGCCACUGUGCUUGGCCUAGCCUAGCAUUCUCUAAACAGGUGGUUAGAAGCAGUGGAGACCAGGCUUCUGACGAUCAAAUUGUAAAAAAAGGGGUCAGGUGUUAUCUCCAGAGUGCGGAAUUAGAUUGUAGUAGAAUAUAUUUUACCUAUAAACAUUUUGACCUCACCCAAGAGUAAGGCUCUCUUUUUUUCUUUUUUAAUGAAAAAAGAAAGGAGAAUAUUUGCUAUCUUAUCUUAAAAAAAAUAGAUCCUUAGGUGAUUACAAUGUUAAAAUAAGAAUUGAGAUCCCUUACUAUGCACAGUCCUUUAAGUUCAUAAAGCUUGAUCCCAACUCUAGGAGAUGGGGCAGGACAGGUGUUAAUGUCCCUGCCUUUAGCAGAUGAGGAAACCAGGCUCUGAGAGGAGAAGCUACUUGCCCAAGGCCUGAAGGCCUCUGAAAGAGGAGCAGAGCUCAGGGCACCUGGCCCUCCUUGGUCCCCUCUCUACUCCACGGUGCUGCUACUCAGGGUCAUCUCAAAACUAUGUAAAGGCAGAUGUUGCCAAUCCACAGGCUUCAGGGACUCUUAUCAAGACUCAUCCCAACUUUUAAGGCAUACUUUCAUACCGUUCACAUUGUGCAUUACAUUUUGGAGUCCUUGUUGGAAGUGAACUUUCCGCCUCUAAGCCUGCCAUUCCAUAUCUAAAAUAUUGGGAUGGCAUCACCUUCUGUACUAUGCAGCAGAAGGAGACUGGCCUGGGAUUCUGGAAACAUGAGAUCCAUUUGCAUAUUAAUCCCCGGCUCGCUGUGUGACCCUGAGCAGGUCUCCUUCACUUUCUGUGCCUCAGUGUCCUUAUUUGAGUAAAAAGGGAAUAAAACUAGAUGAGUGGUUUUCAAACUUUAAAACACUGGAAGCUGUCUUUGAAAACAAAAGAUGAGAAUUGAAAUGGAUGGCGCUGGAAGCUGUUCUUGUCUACUGGGGUUUGGAGCUGCCAGGGGACCUGCUCACAUCCACUCCUCACUCAGCACCUCCCGCCCCUCCCUUCUCCACGCACUGUGACUGACUUCCAUGUGUGAGGGCCUGCAGUUAAUUCUCCUGUGUCUUGAAUGGUUGGGAGAUGAUUUGGUCAGACCCUUAGUGAAAUGAUGUGGGAAGGAACAGGGAUGCUGUGGCUCUGAAGAAGGUAGUAGAACAUCGCACACCUGCUAAUAAGCACAUUUUGCAAACUCAGUUGACUCACCUCAGAUUUGCCUAGUGAAAACUGAAGGGCUGGAUGUAGACCCAGAGAGCAGGGUGGACAGAGCCCAUGCUGGAAGUACUGAGCAUCAAGACUGUAUGGGGCUGGCUUUAGCAUCAUCAUUCUGUGCAAAGACAAAUAAAUAAUUAAUGUCACACUGUCUGAAAUUUUCACCAAAACCAAAAAGGCGCAUUAACAUGAUUGUUCCAACCUCAUGGUUUUUCAAGUGUGAGCACCCAGAGACCUCUUCAGAGGCUAAGAGAGCAUGCGUUGCCACAGCUGUUAGCAUUUGGAGACAUAAUUACAAUGCCCCCACUCCCCGCACCAAACCUGGGUUUUUCUACUGUUUUUGUAGAUGUCAUGAUGUCACGACCUCUGUACCCUGAAAAUAAAUGUUUUUAAGGACAGUC